AUGACGGUGGCCGAACCAGUAGUAAAAACCCCUCUGACAGCUAACUGGCCUGAAACUUAUUGCAAAAAUGGGAAAAGACAAGCGCCUAUAUGGAUCACGGACAAGAAGACUACGCCUGUAAGCUACAACGAUCUACAGUUUGAUGAUAAAUUUUAUGCUAGUUAUCCAGCAAAAAUUGUGAAUGACGAUUAUACAGUUGGAAUUCUAUUGGACGAUAUGUCGGUGAAGCCACAGAUAUCUCAAGGGGGAUUAAAAGACAACUACACAUUUCUUCAGUUUCAGUUUCGUUGGCCUUCUGAACAUGUUGUAAAUUUUAGAAGAUAUCCUCUGGAACUUGCUAUGAUCUUUUAUAAUUCAAAAUACGGAAGCGUCGGAGAUGCCAUUCCUCAUGAAGAUGGGUUUAUUAUUCUUGUUUCAUUUUACGGGUUAUCAUUGCAUAAGCAUAAUCCCAUUUUUAAUAAUUUGAUUAGAAGUAUCCCCCAAAUUGAAAAUAAAACACAGCACCCCGUUUCUUUGGAAAGGAAAAUAACUCUUUCUCAUUAUCUACCUAGACAUACAAAAAGGUUCUACCGCUAUCAUGGAUCUGUCACAAAACCAUACUGCGACGAAAUUGUAAUAGGUAACGGGACCAACAAAAUCGUCGAGUUUAUUUUAACAACAGAGAGCUACAACCCCGAUACGGCAGAGAAGUUUACAAGAAAACCUAAAAGUUUGCACAAAUUAGAAAAGUUUUAUUUUGCAACCUCAUCUGCAACAAGGCAAAUGGUAGCACAGUAUUAA